UUGUCUGUGUUAUUAUUUCGAUAAACAAGACGUUCGCCUGUCCCAUGGACGAAUUAUAAUACUACUACAAACAAGACGUUCGUUCCAGAAAACUAAACUGUGAACUUUAGGAAGUGCAUGGAAGAAAUUUAAUUAAAUAUACUCUUCUACUUUUAGAAAAGUGUAAUAGCAAACGUAGUUUCAAUUUUCUUUGGUGCAAUAUUGUUCCGCAAGUGGUCUGUGUUCGCUUGCGCCGAUUGCGUUCUGUGCUUUAUUAAUUAGUAAACAAAGACGCCAUUCAUUAAAAAGAAGAAGAAGAACGCUUAGCUCACAAAAAACUGGUUUAUUAGCCGAAACAAGAAAACCCCACAAUAUGUCCAGAGUUUUGCUGAUAAGACAUCUUCCAAAAUCACUAUCUAUCAAUGAAAAGGAACAACUUCUCAAACAUUUUGGUGCAGUGAAGGUAUGGGAAAAAUCUGAAAGACAUAACUAUGUAUUCGCUUUAUUUCCAAACAUAGAAACGGCUAAAUCUUCUCUAAUUAGACUCCAUCAACUUGAGAUAGCACAGCGGAGGCUUGUAGUUGAGUAUUCCUUUGAAAGUGAACCUGCCAUUUAUAAAAAUGAUGUAAAUGAAACAAAUUCAUUUGCAACUGAAAAACUAAAAAAAUUUCUUCAAUUGCUUAAUGCUUGGAAUCCAUCAGUUAAUUUUUACCAACCUCCACCUGUACAUUUGAAAUAUAAAUAUCCAGAGCCAAAUCCAGACAUAUUAAUAAAUAUUAUAUAUACAUUAUUACAUCAUAAAGCCUUUUAUACUCAGGUAUUGCAUUUGAUGAAUAAAAUGUCUCUCAGUACACCAUUUCAAGAAAAUGAAACUGCAAUUACAUUGUUUAAAGAAACAUUUAAACAUGUAUUUAGAGAUGAAAUAGCUGCUAUACCACCACCAGCAAGUGAAACAGAGUCUGAAUUGUCAAGUGAUGAAAAUGAAAAACAAAUAUAUACACCUGUUCCCAAAGCUGUGAAAAGGUUACAUAAACUACCAGUCACAAGGAAAAGGCCAGCAGCCAUACUGUCUACUGCUAUUUUACCUAAAAUAAGAAAAGUUGCUUUGAGUCAAGAAGAGGUGUUUGAAAAUAUUGCACCAUUGUCAGAGCCAAAAAAAAUUGCUGUAGUGGUUAAUCAAGAUGCGCUGACUAAACCUUCAGAAGAACCAGAAAUAUUAGGAGAGCUAGGAAAAUUUGAGAAAGAAGUACAGCCGAUUUCAGCAGAGGAUACAGCAGAAGAAAGUGAAUUACCUACAAUAACUAGAAAAGAAUUACUUCAAAAUAGGCUUAACUAUAGUGAUAUGAAAAUAUUGUCUGUAUUUAAGAACUAUCAUCCUGGACAGCCCUCAAUGAGGUUAUAUAUAAAGAAUUUGGCGAAAUCUGUAAUAGAUCAAGAUGUAAAGCGAAUUUACAGACAUUAUGUAAGUGAAUUACCAGAAGAAGAACAAUUAGGUUUUGAUGUUAGAGUAAUGCAAGAAGGCAAGAUGAAAGGGCAAGCAUUUGUGACAUUUCCUUCAAUUAAAAUAGCAGAAGUAGCAUUGAAUGAGACCAAUGGAUACAUUUUAAAAGAAAAACCCAUGGUUGUGCAGUUUGCUAGAGUUGCAAAUAAAAGAAUUGUUGAAUGA